GACGCGGAUGAAAUGCAGGUGUUGUUCGAUGCCGUGCUUUUGGUGCAGGCAGCCAUGGCACUGGCCGCAAAAGGCCAUCAAGUGCCCAAGAUCGCCUACUUCACCUUCGGAACGCAGGAUGCCCCGAAGCGUGGAGCUGGGAGCUACUUGCAUGCUGGCCUCUGGGGUUUGGCGCGCACCGUGCGACUGGAAGACGCCUCGCUGGGCCUCUACUGCUUUGACCUGGACGUGCCCGAUCCGGACGACGCAGAUGCUACGGCGCAGGUCAUCCUGGAACAGCUUGGCAGCAUUGGUGGAGUCGAGACCGAACUAGCUCUCAGCGGGGGCCCCUAUGUGCCCCGGCUCUGCCGCUGCCCAGUGCAGCCCCAGAAGCCCAUGCGUCUGGAGAUGAAGUCGCGAGGGAGCCUGUCCAACCUUCGUGAGGUCCCCCUGCGGCGCACGUCGCCGGACGCAGACCAAGUGGAGCUGCGCGUUCGUGCGGUUGGCCUCAACUUCCGGGACGUCCUGAACGUCAUGGAUCUGUAUCCCGGCGACCCCGGCAACCCAGGUGGUGAUUGUGCUGGCACUGUUUGUACUGUCGGAGAGCGAGAGACACGGCUCCGUCCCGGGCAAGAUGUCUUCGGCAUCGCCCCAGGCUGCUUACAAGCUUUCGCUUGCACGGAGGCCCUGCUCAUGGUUCCGAAGCCCAAGCGAUGGUCCUUCGAGCAGAUGGUGGCGUGGCCAGUGACUUUCGCAACUGCCGAGGAAGCCUUUGUGGAGUUGGCGCCCUUGAAGCUCGGUGAGCGGGUGCUGAUCCACGCAGCUACUGGAGGAGUGGGGCUUGUGGCUGUGCAGCUCGCACAGCGCAUGGGCGCGACGAUCUUCGCCACAGCUGGGAGCCCUGAGAAGGUGCAGUACCUGCGGGAUCGUGGCGUGAAGUACAUCACAAGCAGCCGCGAUGUCCAGCAGUUCGAGGAGGACAUGAAGACCUUCCUGCAAAAAGACGGUGCUCAGGAUGGAGUGGAUGUAGUUCUGAACAGUCUGAGCCACGAAGGCUUCAUUCCCAAAUCCCUCAGCUUUCUUUCGAAGGGUGGGCGCUUCAUGGAGAUUGGCAAGAGAGGUGUCUGGAGCCAUGAACGCAUGCUCCUUGAGCGGCCUGAUAUUCAGUACGAGAAGAUCGCCAUGGACUGGGUCAUGGAGUACCAGCCCGAGCGCUUCAAUCUGCUGCUGACGCGUCUCCUGGGCCAGGCGAGGUCGCCGAAAACAGUCCAACACAUGUUGUGA